AUGAAAAAGGAAAUACCAAAGGAACAAAAUAUGGCUGAGGAGGCCAAGUCUAAGGUUGCCACCGAUGCCAAGGUAGUUGUAGCCAAAAAGUAUACAGGUGAGUAUUAUGUUCGUGGUCUGAUGGGUGAUAGGAAAACCUUUGCAAUUGAGCAUUCACAUGCUCGUCAGAAGAAACAUUCUGUGGAUGAGUUUUGUGUGGGUGAUGUCAUUGGAAGAGGUUCUUUUGCUGAGGUUUAUCAGUGCUGGAGACCCGAUGAUCCCGAAGUCAUAUAUGCCAUGAAGAAAAUUCGUAAAGACUUGAUUAUACAACGGCAACAGUCUCUUAAUAUUCAUACUGAACGUGAUCUUCUUUCGGAUGCCAAAUUGCGACAGAGACGGGCAGGUUGUCCUUGGGUUACAGAUCUUGUGGUAACGUUUCAGGAUCCAGAAUAUCUCUAUAUAGUAACUGAAUAUUGUUCUGGAGGAGAUAUGAUAUCUUGGCUAAUUCGUCAAGAUGUCUUUUCGGAGAGCACAGCGAAAUUCUACAUAGUAGAGCUCGUUUUGGCUUUGAAUUCACUUCAUAAGAUGGGCUAUGUCCAUAGGGAUGUCAAGCCUGAUAAUAUUCUUAUUGAUCGAGAUGGUCAUAUAAAGCUGGCCGAUUUUGGUUUGUCAAAAAGAGAUCCGGAGUGGUUGGAAAGCCUUUGUCGUUCAAAUAUUAUAGGCAUAUGUGAUGAUAGUGCCGAUACAAUGUCUCGUUUUAAGGAUAAGAAAGAAAGGAGAGCCAUUUUUUUUUCAACUGUUGGCUCUCCUGCAUAUAUUGCUCCUGAAGUUUUGCUUGGCCGGGGUUAUAGUUAUUCGUGUGAUUGGUGGAGUGUUGGAGUUAUUCUUUACGAAAUGCUUUGUGGAUAUCCACCAUUCUAUAGUGACAGUAAAACUGCUACAGCCAAAAAAAUAAUUCUUUUCAAGGAAUACUUGGGCUUUCCUCAAGAACCUGAUGCGUUAUCACCCGAUGUUGUUGAUUUAAUUUCCCAUUUAAUUGCUGAUCCAGAAGAACGCUAUGGAUUUGAAGAAAUUUUGCGGCAUCGUUUUUUUGAUGGGGUUACUGUUACAGACAAUAUUCGCCACGAAAAGGCGCCAUUUUAUGUCCAGUUAUCUCAUGCAAGGGAUCGACAGUAUUUUGAACCAGCACCUGAUAAUGCGGCCAUCCAACAACAACCGCUUGUUACUGUUUCUAGAGAGGAUCAAGCUGUAUUCGUUGGUUUUACAUCCAAGUUAUCUGACCGAGGCCAGUCCACAACGCUUUCAGGGGCUCUUGGAAGAUUUCAUGAGUUGCAGGACUUUUCUGAUGAGGAUUGA